AUGAGUGAGACGCUCGCCGGCUCCUCCGAACGUCGAUUGCCCCGAAUGCAAGCCUCGGGUCUGCCGCACGGUCACGUAGAGCCUCAGCUUCAUCCCGGAGGCUUAGAUUAUGGCGACUCGCAGCGAUACCGUCCCAAGUCGCCGUUUCUUUCACCGGCCUCGUCGCGUGAUCAUCCCCCUUUGCCGCUGCAAUCUCAGCCGCACGACUAUCGAUCCCUUCCGUCAGCCUCUCGACGCUUGUCCGAGAAUGCGCCCCUUUCGCUUUCCCAUUCUCAUCAAGAUCGUGCCAACGGAGCCUAUCAACCGACGCAAUCAGAUCCUCGCGACCGCAAUCAGUACCGCGAACAACGCUCUCCUAACUUUCCCCCUCUACCACCGCGCGCUUCCACUUACGGGGCUUCACCCGAGGUUCGUCAACGUCAUUAUUACGAGCAAUGGCACCACUCCUAUCAGGAGCAGGGCUAUCCGCGCCGGUCUAGCUCAGGUCUGUCACAUACCCAGGCCUCCCAAGCUUACUCUCAGCAUCCCAACCAUCCUCUCGGAGACGCUCGCGGCGACGACGUUUCGAGGGUCCUGAUGCGCCCCGGUCUGCCGUCUCCUAGUAUCUCCGAAGGCCGUCGCGAACGACUUUCGCCGUCGAAUGAGUACCGCAAUCAUGCGUCACUCUCUGUUGACAAUGUCGAACGAUCGAGCUACAGACAUCCCGCCUCUGCUCACGACCGCCGCUACCAGCCCGAUGAGUACCGCCAUUCCCUGUCGCGUCCGUCGACUUCCACCUCUCCCAACGCUGCAGCCUACCCGUUGACAGCGACUCGAUCCACUCCUGCCUCUUCCACGUCCACUUCUCGAAAGCGCAAGAAGCAGUUCAAGUACAUGCUCGAGCACGAAGGCCCGGACCCCUCCUCAAAGACCACAGGCCUCGGGGGCGAUGAGGAGGACCAGGAUCGUGACCAACUCGAUCAACUCGAGGCUGACCCUGAAGCCGAGAGCGCCCAUAGACCCAAGGAAAGCAGGAAGAAGGUGAAGAAGGCUUGCAUCUUCUGCAAGCGUAGCCACAUGCCCUGCGAGGAGGCUCGCCCAUGCAAACGCUGUGUCAAACGAGGGAUCUCGCAUCUGUGCAGAGAUGCAGAGCCAGUCAAUUCGUCUGGUGCCGCAAGCACUUCGACUCCGUCAACGAAGAGCAAAUUUGGCGAGGCGCGCCAGCAGGCACGCGCGAGACGCCAGAAGCAGGACGGAGCGCGUCGCAGCAGCCAUCACAAUGCCGAGACCGAGUCGGAAUCUGAUCUCGAGAGUUUGGCUUCUUCGGCUGCCUCGUCGCUACCUCUCCAUGCUGUCGUGGGCUCUCGUCGUCACGACAUGAACGCUAUGCCUGGUGCUGCUGCGCCAGAUCCGGAUGUGCGAACGAGCCUGUCCAUCUCGACGCUGUUACGCCCUACCCAAGAGGAGCUGGUUCGUCGACCUGUUCAACGCUCGUCAUCGCCGGGCCUCACCGCCGAAGAGCAGAAACAAGCUUGGAAUAGAAGCAUGGAUCCUUCGACGCAGCACAAGAUGAAGCGAAUGCUGGAAGCAGGCCCUGCAGGUAAAGAUCUCCGCGACAUGUUCGCAGAGAUGCCCACCUCAUUGCUCAUGACUCCAGCCACGGCAAAUGGCCUCGAUGUCAAGUCGAUUCUGCGUCACUCAUCGGCCGAACCGUACGGUCCGCCUGAUCGACGCUCCAGCGACGAGAAAGAUGACGAGAGGCAGAGGUCUCAACGUUCGCACUCGAUUCCAUCCUCCAGCGAAGAGCGUCACGCAGACGAAGCAGUCUUCAAGCUGCCCUCGCGCCCCAAGCAUCUCCUGCAGGAGGAGGCGGCCACAACGUCCGAAUUGCGCGGUGGACCUCCCACCUACUCGUACACCUACGGCUACGCCAAGCUGGCUCGAUGGAUGCACACGCGUUUCUCGCGUGCCAAUUGCGAAAAGGUCGACCAGAGUCUCUCGAUCAUCCGACCCAAACUCAUGGCGCUCUCGCGCAGUCUACCGGAGGAGGAACUCAUCGGUGUCGAAGAUUCCUUCUACCGUCUACUCGAUUUCUACGUCACCAACGUGCUCGAGACCAUCCCGAUCCCCAUGAUCGUCGCCCGCCGGACGGGCGAGAUCUACGCUGCAAACUCGCACGCAUGCAAACUGUUCCAACUACCACCGUCUAUCUUUCAAGGCGGACAGAUCUGCCACUACCAGCUGGUCACCGAGAAGGACUGUGUGAACAUGUGGGGCAAGUAUGCGCAGGAGGCGCAGGGGAUGUUGGACGUUCCGCCUAGCACGAGGGUGAUGCUGGAGGUGGAUCGGAGUUUGUUGAUGUUCGAUCGGCCUGGGUUGGAUCCGCGGACGGGGGAGGUGGUGGAGGGGGAGUGUGAGGACGGAGGCGAGAUGGUGGUGAGGAAGGAGGUGGUGGUGACGUUCGAGGCUAAGUUGAGCACGCAUGGGCUGCCGUUCAUGGUGACGGGGACGAUCGUGCCUAUCCCGGAGAAGGAGGAAUAG